AUUAACAAUCUAGUCAUUCUGCUUCACCGGCGGGCGGCAGUCUCGCCUUGGCCGUCCGCCGGACCUCUACACAUACCUUCACUCCGCUGCCACAAAUUCCAUAGCUGAACUCUUCACCUUCCCUGACAAGCAAACCCCUAUCUCUCACCACUCUGCACUUUCUCUCUCUAAACCACCAUAACCAUGGCAGUGAGCAACAACAUAACCUCAGUCCUGAACUUCAUAGCCUUCCUCUCCUCCAUCCCAAUAAUCGCCUCGGGAGUCUGGCUCGCAUCCAAGCCAGACAACGAGUGCAUCCACUGGAUCCGAUGGCCACUCGUCUUCCUCGGCAUCUUCAUCCUUCUAGUCUCCCUCACCGGCUUCGUAGGCUCCUACUGGAACAAAGAAUGCCUCCUCGCCUUCUACCUCAUCUGUAUGGUGGUUCUCAUCGGGGCCCUCCUCAUCAUCCUCGUCCUCGCCUUCGUCGUCACUCGUCCCGACGGCUCUUACUCUGUCGACGGCCGUGCUUUCCGCGAGUACCGCCUCGGCGAAUUCUCGGCCUGGCUCAGAAAUCACAUCACCAAUUCGGACAAUUUGGGAAAAUUAGGGCUUGUCUCGCUGAGUCCAAUUUUUGUGCUAAGCUCAAUCGGGAGUAUAUCUCUGCUGACCAGUUCUUCGCAUCUCACAGACUGCUUUCGGUCAAGCAGGUUCCGACACCCCCCACUGGAUUUCUUUUAUUUUAUUUUAAUAUAA